AUUAACUAUACGCUGCUGCUGCUGCCAGCCUGCCGUCCUAUGCUCUAGACAGCUUUGAACAGGCAUAUAGAAAUCCCCUGUCCAAGCUACACAGAUGGAGCUGAAAGAAAAUAGCAGUGCUCUUUCAAGAGCAGAUGGAUUCUAUAAUGGUUCCUUUCAGAAUGACAGUGAAGAUGAAGUUAUAAAUGAAGAAGGGUUAAGAAACCACUCAUUCAGAAGCAGGAAUUUACAAAAUAGUGAUGCUGUGCACACUAACCUGGAGGACACGCACAUCCAUAUUGAGAGUGAUCAGCAUAAAAACAAACAUGAGUCAGUAGAUGAGAAAACGCACUUAAAAGGGUACCUGGAAAAGAAAUAUGAUGAAGUCUGUGACUUUUGCAAGAAACACAAAACCAGAAUUCAAUAUGUGAUAUAUGGAAUUUUAAUAGCAGCUUACCUGGUGAUAGUCGUCACUGCAUGUGCCCUGAAUUUUCAGAGAGCUCUGGCACUCUUUGUACUCACUGUUCUAGCCAUCUUCUUCAUCUGCUGGGAUUUUUUAAUGGCCAAAUAUGAAGACAAAAUUGCUGAGUUCUUUUCUCCUUGUGAAAGGUUUCUAAAACAACAGUGGUUUUGGCUAAAAUGGGUGGUGUGGAUAGCUCUAAUUGCAGCUGUCAUUUGUUGGCUCAUCUUUGACACUGCCAAACAGGGUACCAAUCAACUCAUCUCCUUUGGGGGGCUUGUGAUGUAUGUUCUCUUGAUGCUGAUCUUUUCCAAAUACCCAACCAGAGUUGCCUGGAGACCAGUAUUUUGGGGAAUCGGAAUACAGUUUAUUCUUGGUCUUGUUAUUCUGAGGACUAAAGCAGGAUUUGACGUAUUUAAUUGGCUGGGUAAGCAGAUACAGAUUUUCCUGGAAUACUCUGAUGCUGGUGCUAAAUUUGUGUUUGGUGAAAAAUAUACAGAUCAUUUCUUUGCAUUUAAGGUCCUACCAAUAGUGGUUUUCUUCAGCACAGUGAUGUCUAUGCUUUACCAUGUUGGAUUCAUGCAAUGGCUCAUUAAAAAGGUUGGUUGGAUAAUGCAGAUUACCUUGGGGACAUCUCCUGUUGAGUCACUAGUAGCAGCUGGCAACAUAUUUGUGGGACAGACAGAAUCUCCUCUUCUAGUGAGGCCCUAUUUACCAUAUGUCACCAAAUCUGAACUCCACUCGAUCAUGACUGCAGGGUUCUCAACCAUCGCUGGCAGUGUCUUAGGAGCAUAUAUUUCUUUUGGGGUUUCAGCCUCCCAUUUACUAUCUGCUUCUGUGAUGUCAGCACCAGCAUCAUUGGCUGUCUCCAAACUAUUCUGGCCAGAGACUAAAAUUCCCCAAAUUACCCUGAAGAGUGGUAUAAAAAUGGAGAAAGGAGACUCAAAAAACUUGCUGGAAGCUGCCAGUCAGGGUGCCUCUGCCUCCAUCCCAUUGGUGGCGAACAUUGCUGUGAACCUGAUCGCCUUCAUUGCUUUGCUGUCUUUCGUUGAUUCAGCUCUAUCUUGGCUGGGCAAUAUGUUUAACUAUCCGCAGCUGAGCUUUGAGAUCAUUUGCGCUUAUGUCUUCAUGCCAUUUUCUUUUAUGAUGGGGGUAGACUGGGAAGACAGCUUUAUUGUCGGUGGACUUCUAGGUUACAAGACUUUCUUCAAUGAAUUUGUGGCUUAUGAGCGUCUUUCAGCAUUGAUCCAUUUGCGAGAGAAAGGUGGGCCAGUGUACAUUGAUGGCAUGAAACAAUAUAUGACCAUCCAUUCUGAAACCAUUGCCACCUACGCCCUCUGUGGAUUUGCAAAUUUUGGUUCUCUGGGAAUGGUGAUAGGAGGACUGACAUCUAUGGCUCCUUCCAAAAAAAGGGACAUUGCUGAUAGUGCCUUUAGAGCGAUGGUUGCUGGUACUGUCGCCUGCUUCAUGACAGCUUGCAUUGCAGGAAUAUUGUCUGUAACAGUUGUGGAGGUUCCAUGCCAUAUUUUAUUACAAGAUGCCUUCAAUGCAACAAAUUUGCCAAGAAACACCACAAAAGUUGUUGGAUGCUGCCAAGAUCUCUUUAACAGCACCAGUGCAAACAGUUCUCAAGAAAACUUUUUAGGAGAAAACUACAUCUUAAGCUCCUUGAAAGGAUGUUGCCAAAUACUGGAAUCUCCCACUUUUAAUUGCAGUUGGACUACUUCAUAAUUUUGAACUGGGACUAGUCAUAGCCAAAAGACUAGAAGAGGGCCUCAGCUCUUUGGUGCACAGAUGGAAACAAAUUAAGAAUGGAGAAAUCUUUUUCUGCUUAAGGACUGUGCAGAAGUUUGAGCCUUCUUUUCUUUUCACACCAGUGCAACUCCUUUGGUUUGAGUGGAAUUACUCUCUGGUAAAUAAAAAGACAACCAGGCUCCUCUUUCUGCAGAUCAGUUCUCCAGUAAUGAAAUCAGCCUGAGGUGAAUGUGAAAAUUACCACCAUGGGCAUAUUUGCUAAAUCUGAUUCCCCUCUCCCUUGGGCCAGUAUUAAUCAAGGUAAUUUGGAUGAAUUUGAUAGAGUUUGCCUAAUGCAACACUGCUGUGAGGGAAGACCCAGGCCCAGUGUAUUAGUAGCUGUUCAAUUUUGCUUCAUAAUUUUCUAUUGUGUUCAAAAUGGUUAUCUACUGCAAUUGGCAUUUCUCCUUUUUUAUAAUAUUGAGCCUAAAGAUUUUUAUUGUGCUAAGAUGCAUUACUUUGUUUGCUGUCUCUGUAGCAUGUGGAAGGAUGGUAACUAUAUACCAAUAAUGGUAAAGCUCCAGUUGUGAAUUAAUUUCCAAAUCAGCUGAUGCCCCAGGCAAAAUUCAUUGUAUUUUUACUACUGUUUCCUUUGUUAUUGCAGUUCUGAGGUCUGAUUCUAGUAUCACAAUAGACUAAAUUAGGAAAAACUCAAUUGAAAUCAGUGGAGUUAAGUUGAUGUAAAUUCUGUGUGAAUGAUACCAGAAUCAGGUCUCUGUGUUGUAAGGCACAUAGGGUACGUCUACACUACAACGUUAAUUCGAACUAACUUAGUUCGAAUUAGUUAGUUCGAACUAAGCU